UCACUUGGCAAAACGUAUCAGCUGUUACUCAUGUCUUCAAUUUUAUAUACACAGGGCAUCUUUAAUCAAAUAAACAUGUUCCUCUAGGCAAACACCUUCUCUUUUUCUGCUGUUGCUGUUGUAUUUCCAACUAGUAGCUUUCACUGACAGCUAGCUGUGUGCUUCUGAAAUGGGAGUCAUUUUACUGUUGCAUAGCUACUAUAACACAUAGCUCCCUCUCUUUUGUUUUUAGCACAACCAGCUAACAUUAACUUGUCAUCACACAUUUUGAUUGUCUAGAUAGUGUUUUGAAAUGUCCAUCUUGACAUCGGUCUUAGAAUUAACAUAAGAACGGAUGGGAACGCGUAAGUUAUCGCAUAUAUUUUAACGGUGCUGUGAUUGACGACCAGCUGGUAAGUAAAAUGGCAAGCGUACAUUACUAACGUUAUACAAGCUAACGUUAGCGAGCCACGCCGGUAGUAGUGAAGUGAUGGGCUGUGUAUCAACUGCUACAUGUCAUGUUGUCACUGUUAUGAGAUGUUUCUUGGUAACAACAUACUUAUUAUCGUCGUGACUGACUGUCCACAUAAUGGUUCAUGGUUAUGGCUUUGAUCAUGACUCUCAGUUCCAUUACAUUUAAAGAGUCAUUGGAUGAAGGCGUUUUCUGUAGGGGGAGUUUUAUUAUUAAUAAGAGCCGCGACGGUCGGCGUGAACAUUAACGGCAUAGCUUGCUGUACGGUUUUGGAAGCAUAAAAACCGUAUCUUUCAUAUCGGGCGAAAAAAUAAAUAAGUUGUUAAACUGACACGCCUUUAUUGGGUUAGAUUCCCACACGCCCAUAUUUACACGUUACUGCAUCUAAACCUGUGUGUAAACGGAAGACAGAUUCCACAAACUGUUUUCACUGAAAAAUACUGUCAGCUGCAACGGUUAAAACAGUGUUCACUACAUUAAAUGUGUAUUUUGCAUUUGUAAAAUUAUUUGGUUGUGAUAUCAAAGUAGAGCGAUUUAUGUUUCAAGAACCGUACCGCAAUCGAUUCACCUUUAGAACCGGACCGCAAUCGAUUCACCUUUAGAACUGGACCGCAAUCGAUUCACCUUUAGAACCGGACCGCAAUCGAUUCACGUUUAGAUGGGAGUAUUUGGCUGUUUUGGCUUCCAGAGACAAUUCGCCCUUAAACAGAACAUGUAAAUUCUUUGGACUAAGGAGUAACAUUAGGCUCAUUUAGUCCAAUAUCGGGCUAUAGGUUAUGGCAUACAUGCAAUGGUAUUGUAACAAUAUGAUUAUCAUGGAACGAACUGCAAAAAAUCUCUGAAGCUGGAGACUCAUAUCUCCCUCACUAGUUUUAAGCACCAGCUGUCAGAGCAGCUCACAGAUCACUGCACCUGUACAUAGCCCAUCUGUAAACAGCCCAUCCAACUACCUCAUCCCCAUACUGUAUUUAUUUAUCUUGCUCCUUUGCACCCCAGUAUCUCUACUUGCACAUUCAUCUUCUGUACAUCUACCAUUCCAGUGUUUAAUUGCUAUAUUGUAAUUACUUCGCCACCAUGGCCUAUUUAUUGCCUUACCUCUCUUAUCCUACCUCAUUUGCACACAUUGUAUAUAGACUUUUUCUAUUGUAUUAUUGACUGUACGUUUGUUUAUUCCAUGUGUAACUCUGUGUUGUUGUUUGUGUCGCACUGCUUUAUCUUGGCCAGGUCGCAGUUGUAAAUGAGAACUUGUUUUCAACUGGCCUACCUGGUUAAAUAAAAGGUGAAAUAAAAAUAAAUGUGAUUCAUUAUGUUUAACCAUCAAUUAUUAUUAUUGCCUUAUCUUACAGGUUUGGGGGGGGGGGUGAUCAGAAGUCAUCACAAUACACCCCAUCUUGCCAAAUGGAUGAUGAUCUAAAACCUCUGGAUUUCAUAAAGGACUUUCAAGAGUACCUGACACAGCAAACACACCAUGUCAACAUGAUCUCAGGCUCUGUCGGCGGGGAAAUGGAGCCCGACCACCUCCAAGCUGUAGCAGCAGCUAUCCCAGAGAGUGAUCAUCAGAAUGGAUCAGUGGAAGUCUCUCUGGACGACAACUCUGGGCUGCUGGUGGACGGCUUCCAGAGGACCUUCGACGGCAAGCUCAAGUGUAGCUACUGCAGCUACGCCAGUAAAGGCACCGCUCGCCUGAUAGAGCACAUCAGGAUUCACACAGGAGAGAAGCCCCACCGCUGCCAGCUGUGCCCCUUCGCCUCUGCCUACGAGCGCCACCUUGAGGCCCACAUGCGCUCCCACACGGGAGAGAAGCCCUACAAGUGUGACCUCUGCUCCUUCCGUUGCAGCGACCGCAGCAACCUGUCCCACCACCGCCGGCGCCGCCACAAGCUUUUACCCAUGAAGGGGGCGGAGCUACCCGCCUUCCUCUCCAACAAGAAGAUGCUUAACGUCCUACAGAAGAAGAGUGGCAGCUCCCUGGGCCUGGGAGGCUACAGCAGACACCUCCUCAUCAACCUCAGCCCUCCCUCCAUGGUGGUGGGGAAACCAGACUACCUGAACCAUGAGGUGUACGAGAGCGAUGUGAAGGACCAUGGGACUAGAGGAGGUGCCAGCAGGGAUGUCAACAGUGACAUGGUGGUGGACAACAAUCCACUGAACCAGCUGUCUACGCUGGCAGGCCAGUUGUCCAACCUCCCCCCAGUGGACCAGACCCCCGUGUCUCCUGACAGACUGUCCUGUAACGACGUCAAGCCGUUCCUCAUCCAGCAGGCCUCUGGAGGACCGAUUGCAGUGUCAGUAUCUUUGUCCGCCAGUCAAAGUGGUGCCCACCACCACCACUACCACCACCACCACCACCAAUCCUCCUCCCCAACCAGCCCCGAGGACCUCCAACCCCCUGCAGGCCACAGCAGGAACUACAGCCCCAGCCCAGUGAACCCAGAACCUAGCAGUGAGCACAGUGCACACACACGCACCAGCUCAGCUAGCAUUAGUAACAGCCAGCCCAGUACCCCUGCCCUGCCCGGUAGCACACCGGACCCAGACCCACAGAUGCUACACAGCUGCCAGCACUGCGACACCUACUUCUCUGACAACAUCAUGUAUACCAUUCACAUGGGUUGCCACGGCUACGAGAACCCCUUCCGGUGUAAUAUCUGCGGCUGUAAGUGCAGGAACAAGUAUGACUUUGCCUGCCACUUCGCUCGCGGGCAACACACGCAGUGACUGACUUCCGCAGCGACCGAGAUGAAUUUGAACGAUGUUUGGCGUCUCACAGAGCACAUUAACUUUAUUCCGUGUUUAUGAUAAUCAGGGAUCAGAGCGAUUCUGAUCUAUAUUUUAUUGUAUCGUUUUUUUAAUUAAUGAUAUAACUUAGAGAGUGAGUGUUACUUUGAAAUGAGGAAUUGAUGCUUCUAUAAAUGGGAAAGUAAUCUGGAGGUUGGAGACAUUUAUCACGUGUCCUCCUCGGUGCCGUCUGAGAAUUUAAAGGAAGUCACUUCUUAUCAUUUAAAAAAUAAAUGUCAAAUGUUAUUUAACUAGGCAAAUCAGUUAAGAACAAAUUCUUAUUUACAAUCACGGCCUGCCCCCGUCCACACCUUGACGACGCUGGGCCAAUUGUGUGCCGACUCCCAAUCACGGCCGGAUGUGAUACAGCCUGGAUUCGAACCAGGGACUGUUGUGACGCCUCUUGCAACGAGAUGCAGUGCCUUAGACCGCUGCGCCACACGAGAGCCGACUCCGAAGUAGUUACAUAAAUAUUGGUGAUAUGACAUGCGAGUGACAAAACGUAUAGUUUACAUAGCGAUUAGCAAGGUAUCUGGUUGCUGUGGCUAAAGUUUAAACAGGUUUGACCUUGCCUUAUUUCUUAUGUAUUUAUUUCACCUUUAUUUAACUAGGUAGGCAAGUUGAGAACAAGUUCUCAUUUACAACUGGGACCUGGCCAAGAUAAAGCAAAGCAGUGCGACACAAACAACAACACAGAGUUACACAUGGAAUAAACAAAACGUACAGUCAAUAAUACAGUAGAAAAAAGUCUAUAUACAAUGUGAGCAAAUGACGUGAGGAGGUAAGGCAAGAACAUGUCCAUUGGUCCAAAUAGGUCGCUCCACAUCGACAAACAGACAUGCUUUAUUAUACAUGGUGUAUAGUAGUGUCUCACUUUAUUGUGAGUGUAAAACUUCACAUUAUAUCAACGGCUUGAAGUGAAUGAGAUCUGUGCAUAUUGAUGCUUCGGCUUAGACAUUAUUUCACUCUAUAUCUUACUCUGCUCUGUUCCACAUUCCGAUUGAUUCCACGUGUUCUCUGUUCCACAUUCAGAUUGAUUCCAUGUGUUCUCUGUUCCACAUUCCGGUUGAUUCCACGUGUUCUCUGUUCCACAUUCAGAUUGAUUCCAUGUGUUCUCUGUUCCACAUUCCGGUUGAUUCCAUGUGUUCUCUGUUCCUCAUUCAGAUUGAUUCCACGUGUUCUCUGUUACACAUUCCGAUUGAUUCCAUGUGUUCUCUGUUCCACAUUCCGGUUGAUUCCACGUGUUCUCUGUUCCACAUUCCGAUUGAUUCCACGUGUUCUCUGUUCCACAUUCAGAUUGAUUCCACGUGUUCUCUGUUCCACAUUCCGGUUGAUUCCACGUGUUCUCUGUUCCACAUUCAGAUUGAUUCCACGUGUUCUCUGUUCCACAUUCAGAUUGAUUCCACGUGUUCUCUGUUCCACAUUCCGGUUGAUUCCACGUGUUCUCUGUUCCACAUUCCGGUUGAUUCCACGUGUUCUCUGUUCCACAUUCCGGUUGAUUCCACGUGUUCUCUGUUCCACAUUCAGAUUGAUUCCACGUGUUCUCUGUUCCACAUUCAGAUUGAUUCCAUGUGUUCUCUGUUCCACAUUCCGGUUGAUUCCACGUGUUCUCUGUUCCACAUUCAGAUUGAUUCCAUGUGUUCUCUGUUCCACAUUCAGAUUGAUUCCACGUGUUCUCUCUUCCACAUUCAGAUUGAUUCCAUGUGUUCUCUGUUCCACAUUCAGAUUGAUUCCACGUGUUCUCUGUUCCACAUUCAGAUUGAUUCCAUGUGUUCUCUGUUCCACAUUCCGGUUGAUUCCACGUGUUCUCUGUUCCACAUUCAGAUUGAUUCCAUGUGUUCUCUGUUCCACAUUCCGGUUGAUUCCAUGUGUUCCACGUGUUCUGUUCUGUUGCUGCCAAUCACGUCCCUUCUUACCUUCAGCCAGCCUUACUGAUCUAUAAUAACUGGUGCUCUUUAGCUAAUACCUCCUGAAUUAACAAUGAUCUGUAGCUUAAAUGCAAUUUGUGUUCGAGACAAAUCAUUCGGACUUGGAUAAAUCGUACUCGAUCAAAAGGCCAAAA